AUGUCAAGUUUAAGAGAAAUAAUUUUAGAUACCGAAACUACGGGACUUGAUCCAAAAGGCGGUCACCGAAUUGUUGAGAUCGGUGCUAUUGAAAUGGUAAAUAAGGUACUAACCGGCAGACAUUUUCAUUUCUAUCUUAAUCCAGAACGAGACAUGCCAUUUGAGGCUUAUAGAAUUCACGGCAUUUCCGGCGAUUUUCUAAAAGAUAAACCACUAUUUCAUACUAUUGCAGAUGAUUUUUUAGAGUUUAUUGUCGAUAGUAAGCUUGUCAUUCAUAAUGCACCUUUCGAUGUUAAAUUUUUAAAUCAUGAAUUAUCAUUAUUAAAAAGAGCUGAAAUUAAACUUUUAGAACUUGAGCAUGCUAUUGAUACUUUAGUGAUGGCUAGAAGUAUGUUUCCUGGAUCAAAAUAUAGCCUUGAUGCUUUAUGUAAAAGAUUCAAGGUGGAUAAUUCCGGCAGGCAACUUCAUGGUGCUCUUAAAGAUGCAGCUUUACUUGCUGAAGUAUAUGUAGAACUAACCGGCGGUAGGCAGUCAUCCUUUAAGAUGCUUGAUAAAGCUGCUAAGGUAAAUAAUUUUAGCUAUAAUCGCUUGGAUUCUCAGGUACAUAGGAAUAUUCCCGUUAUUAAACCAACAAAAGAAGAAUUACAAAAACAUAAGGAAUUCUUAAGCAAGAUUUUAAAACCUGCUUCGUAA